AUGGCCGACAUAUAUACCGCUGCAUCAGAUCGUCCUGUAGAGAUCAAGACCAAAAUAAUAUGUACUAUUGGUCCAAAAACCCAGUCGGUCGAGAUGCUUGGAAAGCUUGUAGAUGCUGGCAUGAAUGUUGUCCGCAUGAACUUUUCUCAUGGAACUCAUGAAUACCACUUGAAAACAAUCAACAAUGUACGCGAGUUUGCCGCUUCUCAAAAGGAAAAGAAGCCUGUUGCCAUCAUGUUGGAUACCAAGGGGCCAGAAAUUCGAACUGGAAAGCUGGUUGGUGGCACAGACAAGAAACUGGUAGCAGGAGCUACCUUCACCUUCCACAACGACGACACUAUAAUCGGUGACGAAACCCAAGUGUCAACUUCCUACAAAUCUCUUUGUACCUCCGUACGUGCCGGUGAUCGAAUCCUAGUCGACGAUGGUCUUAUCGGUAUGCAAGUCAUAUCCACAAACCACGAAACCGGCCAUGUCGUCUGCAUCAUUGAAAACGGUGGUCUCCUCGGUGAAACAAAGGGUGUUAACUUGCCUGGUAUCACUGUCGACCUACCUGCCAUCACGGAAAAGGAUGCAGGUGACAUCAUGUUUGGUGUCAAGAAUGGAAUUGAUUUCAUUGCUGCCAGUUUUAUUCGAAAAGCUGCUGAUGUACAUGAAAUUCGAAAGCUGAUUGUGGGACAGAAUAUCAAGAUUAUAUCAAAGAUUGAAAGUCAAGAGGGCCUUGAUAACUUUGAUGAAAUCUUGGCUGCUUCUGAUGGUAUUAUGGUCGCUCGAGGUGAUUUGGGUGUGGAAGUUCCUGUUGAAACAGUUGCUCGAUACCAAAAGAUGAUGAUUCGCAAAUGUAAUUUUGCUGGAAAGCCUGUCAUCACUGCCACGCAAAUGCUGGAAUCUAUGAUUCUGAACCCACGUCCUACUCGUGCUGAAGCUACUGAUGUAGCUAACGCUGUCUUGGAUGGUUCUGACUGUGUCAUGUUGUCUGGCGAAACUGCUAAAGGCUCACAUCCCAUCGCGGCAGUCGAAAUGAUGUUCAAGAUUUGUCGUGAAGCUGAAGCCGACAUCAACUAUUCGGAAUUAUAUCCCACUCUGCGACGUCAAAUCCGUCUGCCCAUCUCCAUCUCUGAAGCUGUUGCAUCUAGUGCAGUCAAAACAAGUUGGGAUGUUCAUGCUGUUUUGAUCAUUGUGUUGUCUGAGAGCGGUAAUACUGCUCGCUCUAUUGCCAAAUACCGACCAAUUGCGCCUGUAUUGGCUGUGACCUCUUCUCCUCAAGUCGCUCGCCAAAUGCAAGUACUUCGAGGCAUCUUCCCAUUGGUGGUCGAAACUAUGUCUGGAACAGACAAUGUCAUUCACCGUGCCAUGCUUUGGGGCGUUAAGAAGGGAAUGGCUCAACGUGGUGAUCCAGUUGUGGUCACUUCUGGUAUGCUCGAACAAACAACUGGUUCGACAAAUAUCAUGCGAGUCGUCAAGUAA